AUGAGUGUCGAAAACGCAGAGGAGGUAUUUAUCCUCCAGGCCGAUGGAUUGACGCAUACCUCUGAUGUACGUUUUGUCAGUAGCCCUGUGCAGGACUCAAGCGCUGUUUUCUCGGCCUCGCGAGACAACACUUCAAAGUGGAUCACGAUCCCCGAAGCGGGCGACGGUUUGGAGGACAACUUGACAUUUAUCGGUCACACGGCGUUUGUCAAUUUCGCUCUUUUUCACACGAGUAUGGAGCUGCUCGACAAUGAGCCGUGCGUUGUCACUGGGUCUAAUGACCACCAUCUUGUGCUUUGGAACGCUCAGACCGCUGUAGUGGAAGCUGUGCUGGACGGACACAGCAGUGGCGCGUGCUGCGGAGUCAUAAUGAGUUUUACGUCAGACGAUGUCAGCGCAGAGGUGCGAGACUCACUUGUCAAUGACAUUGUGUCAGGUGACUGGGGAGGCAUGGUCAUCAUUUUCGACCACAAGAGUGGAAGACCCAAACAACUGUACGACAAGCACGCAACGGCGAUUCGCGGAGUUGCCCAGUUGACAAACACAUCCACGAUUGUCUCGUGCUCUGGUGACAAGACGAUUCACGCCUGGGAUGCUACUACGGGCAGCACCAUUCAAGUAUUUUCGGGUCACAAGGACGUAGUACAGUGUAUUUGUGCAAUUGAUGGCCAGCGCUUCGCGUCCUCAGGCAAUGACUGCACCAUUCGACUCUGGAGUAUCGGCGUAGAGAACCCAUAUCAGGUUCUCGAAGGUCACGACUCCCUCGUUUACUCGGUGUGCUGGUCUCUACGUACGUCGGAGCUGUAUUCAUCCUCUGAAGAUCACACGUUGCGCGUGUGGAGAUCGGCACCUGGGAAAGACCAACUGGCUACUGUUCAAGUCAUUCAGCACCCGUGUGUUGUUUGGAGCGUGGCCGCAACAUCGGAUGGAAGAAUUGUCACGGGCGGCUCCGAUCAUGCUGUGCGGGUCUGGACGCGGAAUUACGAUCGCAUGGCAUCCAUCGAGAAGCUCGAGGCAUUGGAAGCCGCCGUGUCGUCGCAAAGGGUGGAUGUCAAAAUCGCAACGUCCAGCGGGACCGCCGCAGCUACAGGAGGUCUUGAUGUCUCCACAAUGCCGUACACGCAUGAGAUCCAGAAGCGUCGAGGAAGAGAGGAAGGCGAGCGCCUUUUUGCACGCAACGAAAAGGGUGAGGUGGAGCUGUAUGUGUGGAACUCUGGUCGAUGGGAAAAGAUCGGCGUUGUGGUUGCUGGGCCGGAUGCGCAGAACUACACAGGGGCGUCUAAUCAGCAGCGUGAGAAGCACUUCUACAACGGGCAGACGUACGAUUACCUUUUCGAUGUCGACGUCGAGGGUCGGAUGCUCAAGCUGCCGUACAGGGUGGGAGAUGGGCUGGUGGAGACGGCGAAGCGCUUUAUUCAGGACAAUCGCGGCGUCGUCACCGAGGACUCACAGGAAGAGAUUCAAAACUUCCUUAUGCAGCACGUUUCGCCAGAAGACUUGGCCCAUGUGCGGGGUUUAGAGGGCAUUAACAGCGGCGCGCCAGGCCACACCCCCGUUGCAUCGCCCCCGGUUGCCUCUUCUGCACCCGCUGCCAGUCCCAACUCCGGCCCAUCAGCUUCCACCGGAGCGCUCCUCGCUCCGUGGACCACGCCGCUGACGUUUGACGUCUUUAACCCCACUGCCGCCCAAACGAAGGUGAAUUCUCUUCUUCCCAACAACUCUGCCUUUCAAAACACGAUACGGCAGCUCGCAACGCCACCGGCUGCGGCUGCUGCGCUGUGCAGCAGUCUUGUGGAACUCUACUGUGCCCUUCCUGCGGGCUCACGCUUCCCGGCCGUCGACGCCUUGCGCUACCUGCUGAUCAUCUCGCCUGACAAGAGGGCUGUGGUGGGAGAGCUGUUGCACAGGCUCGGCGCCAUCUGGGACGUGCAGAAGCCUCCGCUGCAGCAGCACUUACCCACCUCGCCGGCAGAGUGGAUGGUGUCUUUGCGGCUUGCCGCUUGCAUUAUCGCGCGCGUAUAUGACCAGCACGUGGCCAUCGUCUCCUUUGAUGCGACGGCGCAGUCCAUGUUUGUGUGGCUGGCCACCCGCCUGCCAGCCAUGGCAGGACUGCUCACAAAUGACACAUCUCCGGCAACUCGCACACACUGCAAGGCGGCCAUCGCUUCGAUCUUCCGGAACGUCGCCGUUCUUCUCAGCUCACCGCACGCCGCAGACGACGCAGCCCUGCCUGUUGAGAUGGCGGAACAACUCGCGCUGGCCGUGGUUCAGCACAGCGCCAUUUUGUUUGUGUCGGAGCGCAGCGACUCUUCUGUGGUGCGCGACUGCCUUUGUUCGCUGCGCACCCUGCUAGUCGCGAACGCAGGAACAAAGGAUGCGGUGUCGCCAUCUUUGCCGCCGUGGCGUGCUGCUGUCGUAGCACAGAUGCAAAAGUCGUUGCGCUUCUCUCUCCGAUCAAUCGCGACGGGUGCGUAUGUGGAGGGGCAGUCGACGGCGGUGUGGCUGCUUACAGAGAUGGGCAGCCCUGAUGCAUCGUGA